CAAAAGAAUGCCCCGCCCUGGAAAUCAAGUAUAAAUAGGUUCCGGUUUCCCCAAGGCUCGUCUCAUUCUCACCCCUCCCUCAUUUGCCUCUCACACAUCCCCCAACACACUCAAUCGCCAUGGAAGAACGCCGCAAGCUUUACCACAAGUAUCCCUCUAUGAGGAAGCUUGAAGAGAUGGGAGAUGCCUAUGUAGAAUGGAAUGACGGCCGAGAAGCGACGUUGAUCCGUUGGAUCUACGAACACCCCCAAUUCCCCAGCAUGCGCAACAACCCUGACGUCAUCUGUGCUGCCAUGGACGAGUUUGCGGCUCAGAGUGACUUUCUAAUCAACAUUGGCCCGGACAAGGGUCAGAAAGUGGCUGCUCUCAUUGCAGAGACAAAGCCGACCGUGUUUGUUGAGCUGGGUGGCUACGUGGGCUACUCGGCCAUUCUAUUUGGCAAGGCCCUGAAGGAAGCACACAAGGAUGCGGCUUCCAGCGAUGCUAAGCCUGUCUUUUGGAGUCUGGAGGCCGAUCCCUUGUUUGCAGGCAUUGCCAUGAAUCUUGUAGAUCUCGCUGGGCUUUCAGACGUGGUCAAGGUCGUAACUGGUAAGGCCGCAGACUCGCUUGCUAGACUGAAGCAGGAGGGCAAGCUUAGCAGCAUUGACAUGCUCUUCCUUGACCAUAUGGAGGAGAUUUAUCACAUUGAUCUACAAGUCGUGGAAUCUUUGGAGCUGCUCAAGAAGGGCAGCCAUGUUGUGGCAGACAAUGUUCUGCGACCAGGCGCUCCGGAGUACAGAGAAUACGUGAGAAAGCACCCAAAGCUGGAAACUUGGGCCAUUCCAGGACUUAUUAUUCCUGGUGAAUUUGGGGAUGAGAUUGAAGUCAGCAAGGUGAUUGAGUAGGGGCUGCUGCUGUAGCCGUCUACUCCUCGUAGCAAUUACGACAGCAUUGAGUUUGUGAUCAUUUAAAUAUACUUGUCAUUUGUUUGUCUGCGGAAGCACUACCUUCCAGCCCAAAACUUCAAAAAC